CAUAUCUAAAACGAAAACGAAAGUAGGAAUCGCAGAAGUUCAGAACGGUCAGCUGGAAAGCAAGUUAAAUCAUGGCAGUCACUUUUAUGUCAAAUACUUGAAAUUUUGACAGAUGGCAAAUCGAGAACUAACAAAGCUAUGGUUGUCUCAUAAGGAAGGGAAUAUUCUAGUCAUCAAGGACAUCCCUCAAAAAGUUACUGAUGAAACGCUUCACAAUUACAUAGAAGUAAUUUCAAAAGUUGAUGUUGAUCAUCUUUAUUUCCAUUCACCAACAAAUGGUGAAAAGCUCAAACAAGUAGCUCUUGUGCACCUUAAGGAAAAGAUCGCUGAUAUCAGUUCUGUUAAAGAGAAAGCCAAAAAGAAACCAAUAGAAGGACAAGUAGUUCAUAUAGAUUUACUGAAAAAUCCUAGUGGUAUAAUUGUAUUUGAUAUACCAAGGGAGGCUACUGAUGAUGAGAUAGAGCUAUAUUUUGAUCGUUCUCAAGUUGCUGGUGUAGGGGCAGAAGUAAAAAGCUGUAAAUUACACAAGAAAGUACAGAUAGCAGUGUUAUUUUAUAAGUCUUUGGAUUCAGUUCUUGAAAACUUAUUCAAAAUUAGACACAAAAUAAGAGGCAAAGAUUUGACAGUUGAACCAUACUACGAUGCAUUUCAUGAAGAAGUUAUAGAGGCACUGACAAAAAUGGAAGCGGUUGAUCCCUAUUUGACUAUGAUAGAGAGAAAAUCUGGAUACGAAUCCAUGAAUUUGAGAAAAAUUGAAGAAAGUGUUGAAAAAAGGAAAGAUAAUGUUGGAAAUAGAACAAGCAACAGUUCUAUAAAAAUUUUGUCAGCAGACAUGACAGACUAUGAAGAUGACGAAGGUUAUCAAAUCCCAGUGGCCUCUGGAGGAGGUGAUGAAAGGAAAUAUUUUGAAAAACAGAAACAAAAAAAGUUCACAGAAACUACACGAUCAGAGCAUAUCUAUUCAGAAAUUAAUGAUGAGGAUUUUCCUCCUAUACCAGCAACCCCUCGACCUUCAGUAAAAAGGUCAGAGUUGGCCAAUGAAUACAAAGAAAAAAUAAAAAAUAUGGACAAAGGCAAAAUAAUAUUGUUAAAAAUCAGAGGAUUUAGCAAGGAGUGUACAGCAUGUCAAAUAGACUUGAAUUCUGAUAAAGAUGAGAUAACUUUUAUUGGUUCACAAGAUGUCGUGAUGGCUGCAAAACUAUACAUGUAUGAAUGUUUAGAAGAAUCAGUUGAAGAGACAAAAUAUGUUUCUAAAGGGUUUGCUGCCAUAUUGAAGGAAAACUCAUCUUGGAUAAUAGAAACAUUAAAAAAAGAGAAAGUUCAUGCUUAUUGUACUUUAAAGGAUGCCAAAAAGGAUGCCAAUUUGCUCUGCUGUCAAGCAUUUUCUAAACAUUUGGCAGAGAAAGGGAUAAAGACAAUCAUAUCAAACUUAGAACAGGUUGAAAUUCCUUACAAUGAAGGACAUUUUAAAUAUGUGAACUCAAAAGAGUGGACUGAUUUAGUAUCAAAGCUGAAAAAUCAGAAUAAAGUUGAAAUUGAAAUGAUCAAGGAUAAUAAACUUAUUGUAGUCACUGGGAUAAAAGGCGACUUUCAGUCGGCUAAAGAUUUGAUAAAGAAAGAAUUGAAUAAACAUACAGAAGCCAAAUCAGAAAAGAUUGAAAUAAAGGGAAGUAAAUCUGUGUGUUUUCAUCAUGGAAUGCAGGACAAAUUAGAAAAGAUAAAGACUGAUAUAAGUAAAAGAAAUGGUAAUCUUCUUUACAAACAUGAUCCUCGGAAGCCGAUGACAGUUAUAGAACUGAAGGGAGAUUCUGCUAUUGUGGAAGAUAAGAAAGCAGAGAUUUCCCAGUUGGUAGCAGCCAUUUGGCAAGGUCCAGUUGAUAUUCCAAAGAUAAGUAAUAAAGGGAAUGAUCCUGCCAUAAUGUCUAGGUCUUUGGACUCGAGUGGUGGGAGAAAGUUUUUGUCAACUUUUGAAGAGAAACACAAAUGUGGAAUUGAAGUAGAGAGGAAGAAAGAUUCAACACAUGAUUUACAUCCCGUAAAAUCUUUGCCUGCAGUUCAUGGAGCUGAGAAACCUGAUUUACAAAGAAGAAAUAUUACUCCAGACUUUGGUGGCGCAAGACCUAAACAACCACAACAAGAUGGUCAUAGCAACUUUAGUACUUAUCGCAUUGACCAGCUGGAAAUCAUUCUCAAACAAGGAAACAUUGUUCAUGAAAGAUCUGGUGUUCUGGUGAAUGUUGUGGCAGCAGGACACGACAAUUUUAAUAAGAGCAGAAUAACACAGGCUUUUAUGAAAAAAUGUGGUGCGGAGUUUGAACAGAAAUAUUUUCAAGCAAGAAGAGGACAAGAAACCACUGAAACCAGUACUGUAAUAUUUACUGAAAAGUCACCUGGACUAGCGUGUAAAGAAGUCUGCCAUCUUGAAAUACCAAAAUGGACUGGUGACAAAUCGGUUUUGUAUAAAGCAGUUAGAGAUUGUUUGAGGCAGUGUAGCAUUAGGAACCACAAUUGUGUGGCCUUUUCUGCAGUUGGAACUGGACAGCUACUUAAAUAUCCUGUCCAUGAAGUUGUAAAUUGUCUUGUUUCUGAGGCCAAGGUCACAGCUCAGAGGUCAAAAUGUAUUACGAAAAUAAAGUUUGUAAUCUUUGAUUCUGCAACUGUUGGUGCAUUCAAAGAUAAAUUAGAAAAGCUAUCAGAAUCCGUCAUAUAUGAUCGUCAUAAACACGACAGCUCACCAUCAGAUAGUAAAGAGGCUGUUGGAUCUAAAGAUGGAUCAGAUAAACCCAAAUUGACUGUACAAGCCAUUUCAGUGGAGUUAUUUGCAGUUUCAAAAGCCGAGGGAGAAAAGAUACGCAAAACUCUAUCUACAGAAAUAAAAGAUACAUUCUUGAAUGAGGAUAUUAUUAAGAAUGAUAAGAUAAAAUCAUUGUCAACCAGCACUUGGAAGAAAAUUAUAGCAGCUAAGAAAGGCCAUGUCUGGAUUGAAAGAGAUCAGGACAAACUAACCAUUAAAGGUGAGAAAGAUGGUGUAACUAAAACAAAAACAGAAAUAUUGGAAAUUUUGCUAAAUGAUAAAACAGAUAGUCCCUCAGGAAAGAACGAUAAUCAUAAAAACGAUCAAAAGGCAGGAGGACCUCAUGACUAUUGGUUGUCAAAAUGUGAUGAUGCUAAUGUACCCUCAUAUUGGAAAAAUUUCCAAGGUAACAUACAACAAGCUGCUGCAAAUGUUAAGGGUUUUUUUAAAGGUGACACAGCAAAAAAGGUCACUAUUGAAAGAGACGAAAACAUGUUUAAAUUUAUUGAACAACUUGUUAUGAAGACAUGGGAUAAAGCUAAAGUUGGACAAGGUGCUGAUGCUAAAAAUCUAACUCAUUCUAGUAUCCAAGUUACAAAAAUUCAAAGAAUUGAAAACUAUGGACUGUUUGAUAAAUAUAAUACAACAAAGAAGAAAUUUUAUAGAGACCUUGCACGAGGUAAGAAAUAUGCAGCUCUUGAACAUGUUACCGGUGGAGGGAAAAAAUUAUCUAGUGGACCAAUUUUGACAGCUCUACAUUCCAAGAGGGCUGGGCUAGACUUGGCUUCUCAUGCUAAUGAGUGUUAUUUAUUUCAUGGAACUAAUGAUCAGGUUGUUGAAAACAUUAUAAACAAAGGACUGGAUGACAGAUUAGGGGGAGAUAAAGCCAUGUUUGGACGUGGAAUUUAUGCCGCUGAAUCAUCAACGAAGGCUGAUCAGUAUGCAGAUAGUGCUUCAAACAGGCAAUCUCCUGGCAGAAAAAUGUUACUGAUGAGAAUGUUGCUUGGAGAUAUGUUUGUGACGAGUAAGCCUGAGAAGUUCGUAACACCACCAUGUGCAAGUUGUUUGAAAUCAAACUGUACAAAAGGCCAUCAUAUUCCAUUUGACUCAGUAGUGGCUGAUGGGACAUGGUUGUUCAGAGAAUUUAUAGUAUACAGAAGUGAACAGUGUUAUCCAGAAUAUCUCAUAACUUAUGACAGAGUCUGAUAUACAAAUGUGAUUUAAUAAUGUGAUAAGUAUCAUUGAUGAAGUCGAAUAAUGUUUUGCAACCUAUUUAUUUAGAUAUGCUAACUGGCUGUUGAGUUAACCAGCGGUUGAGAUUAACCGGCGGUUGAGAUUUAACCGGGGGUUGAGAUUAACCAUAUCUAUAUAAAUAGGGUGCAAAACAUUAAUCCAGCAUUCUGCCUCUGAUGAAGGUCCUUUUUAGACCGAAACCGGUCAGGCUAUGAAACAUCACCAGGCCCUGUUAAUUAUGUGUAUUGGUAUAUAUAUAUUUAUGCUUUUACAUUUUUCUCACUGAUACACAUAGUUAACAUGGGUUCUACUAACGAAAGCUCCAUUUUGGAGUUAAUGUGUUUAGAGAUAACUUAUGUCAGUACACCUUUCCUAUAUUGCCUAUCAUUGAUGAAGUCCUUAUACCAACUAGUUACAACUAAAAAUUCAAAAGUUUUAAUGUACAUUCAAAUCAGUUUCACAUAAAAGGGGUAGUAGGUUUGGUAAGGGCAUAAUUUGGCUCUUCAUUUCAAGACUAAUAAUUACAUUAGACGUAUGUAUCAUUCAUAAUAACACUUGGUCCCACAAUAAAGUGCACAGGUGAAUCAAAUAAAAAAAAAUGUGUUUUCAUGAGCAUAGCUAAAAAAAUGUAGUUAUAAGUAUUGAAUGCAUCUUUUUGUAACUUCAUAGGGUUGUAAAAACUUUUUAGAAUGAAGCACUUUUGCAUUUCAUACAAAAUAUAUUUCGGUCAACACUUUUACACCCCAAUGAAGUUACAAAAAGAAGCAUUCAAUUCUUAAAUAAACAUUUGAUAAGUGAAUUUAAACAAUUCUGUUUUAAAUAAAAAGUUUUAUUUUGCACUCCAAAUAGGCAAGAAAUAGAGAAUUUUGUGAAGUUGAUAACUUUCUAGUUGCGUCCUUCACCUGAAAAGAUCGUCAAUUUUGUGCGCCUUUAUGAUGGUCAUUAUUCAGAAUAAACUAAAAAUAAUAUUUGUUACGUAGGUACUUAAUCACAAUUGCCUAAUGAUAGCAGUACUGAAUAUCCAUUAUAAGAAUUUGAUUUGCCGAUUAAUUUGUGCAAUAUAGCAUUAUCAUUUUUUCAACCAAUCGCUCAACAUAGGAACAGAAGUAACGACACCCCAAAACACCCUAAUGAUGUUCACUAAAACCAAAGUUUUGAAGGAAUGCAAUGCAAGUGAAAUUUGUCUUUUCAACAGCAUCUCCUGUAUUUUAACUAAAGUUAGACCUCUGAAACAUUAAGUGCACAGUUUGACGAGCUUAAAAUUCAAUUAAGAUAUGUUAUUCAUAAAAAAAAAUGGAAAUUGGCCCAUUUCUUUAUAUUUUGUGGAAAUGAGGUUUAUUGUGACAUUGAAAAAGUAAACUAAUACAUAAAUUUAAAUACAUUUCUAGUCAUUGUUUUAACUUCAUUCCAUUGUGAUAAUAAGAUAUUAAAUAAGAUAUUGAAUUUUAAAAAAGGGGAGGGGGAGAAUUGCCUUAUCAAUUUUACUUUUUUUGUAUUUUUAUAGUGAAUAGAUGUAUAUAUUUUCUCCACUGAAAAAAUAGUUUUGUAUAAAUAUAAUUGUUUAUGUGGUCUGUUAUUUUACAUUAUAAGUUAAAUGCAUUGAUCUCAGUAUGUGAUUUCUUUAGUACUUAAAAUAAUUGCCGUAUUUAGUCAUUAUAUUUUUCAUUAUAAACCAUGGAUGUGUAUUGUGCUUUGUCAGAAAACAAAUUUGUAAAUAGGGCAAAAAUAUUUGAAUGCGAGUUAUUUUUCAUUUGUUUGACAUCUUGCAUGGAGAUUUUUUUAUUGCACAAUUUCUGUUUCUUUUUCAUAUUAAGUUUAUAGAGACUUCCACAAUCUUUUUGAAUCACAUACUAUUGCAAAUGAUCAGUUUUUGGAAUUUUAUUAAAAUUGCAAAUUUGGAUUCAGGAAUGCUAUUUAUAUUUGAACUGAUGUUUAAAUGAAGAAAUUUAAAUGAUCCAUCUUGGUAGUGUUAAUUUGCUUUAAAUAUUCUUGAAAAUUUGAAGAAUUAAAAACAAAAGACACCCAUCUAGUCCCUUAUCUAUUGAAUCAUUAAGUGCAUGACCCUUGACCUUACACUUUCUUUUUAAUGUACAGUGAACAAUUUUAAGUUUUUGUGCUAAAUAUACUGAAGAUUUACAGUAUAAACUUUAUGUCAUUUAUGGUAAAUAUAUAAAUUAUUUCUUUAGGGAGCUACCAUUUGACUUUUUUUU